AUGGGCAAACACACUCACUCACGAGAAUUUUUGGAUAAAUUCAAAUUCAAUAUUGGCAACUGUGUUGAAACAAAAAACACCAACAACAACAAAAUACCCAAACAGAAAUUCCUCUUUGCGCUAAUUGCCCUUGCCUCGCUGUACGCCCUGGUCUCAGCCAAUCCCGUCAACAAUGGCCGAUAUAGUCCCGAUCUUUAUUACAAUGGACAGUACUUCAAGAAUCGCGAUUACUACAAUCAGCGUCGUUACUACGAUUCACUUUUGAAGAAAUACAAUGCCGGUGUGGCCGCCCAGGAAUCACGUGUCGUCGAGCAAAAAGUUGUUCCCAUUAGUGAUGGAAACUUUGCCUAUGAAUUUGACACAAAUAAUGGAAUUCAUGCCGAUGCUCGUGGCUCCAGCAUUUACCUGGGAGGCGAGGAACCCGGUCAAAAGAUCGAUGGCUCUUUUGCUUAUAUCAGCCCUGAAGGUCUUCGCGUGGGAGUACGUUACACAGCCGACGAAAAUGGCUACCGUCCCGUGUAUACAUAUGAUGGCAUUGAUGCUCCCCGCUACGCCAAUGCCCCAGAACCCGCCGAUGUGCAACUCACCCACAUUCAAUAA